AUGGAUCCAGAAUUGGUGAACCGGCUUAUACCUCAGAACAAAGAUCCUCGAGCUGCAUGUAAGAAGUGCGGAUAUCCUGGGCAUCUGACAUAUCAAUGCAGAAACUUCAUUAAAGUAGAUCCGAAUAAAGAUGUUGUUCUCGACGUUAGCAGUACAAGCAGUGAAGAUGAAGAGUACAUAACACCUCUGAUACAGCUGCGUGAAAAAGAACUUCAAGAAAAGCUAAAAUCGAUAGAAAAGAAUCCACAUAAACGAAAAAAAUCCGAUAGUGAAAAGGAUGAAAGGGAAAAACACUCGAAGAAAAAAAGAAAGAAAGAGAAACAUAAGAAAAAAAAGAAAAAGCAUAAAAAACACAAGAAACGCUCGAGUUCUGAAUCUUCUAGCGAUUAG